UGCUCGUCUGGUGCGUGACCAUCCACAGCUAUGGCCGGGCUAGGGGCUACUUUCCGCCGCCUGGGAGCCUUGUCCGGAGCUGGGGCCUUAGGCUUGGCUUCCUACGGGGCGCACGGCGCCCAAUUUCCAGAUGCCUACGGGAAGGAGCUCUUUGACAAGGCCAACAAACACCACUUCUUACACAGCCUGGCCCUCUUAGGGGUGCCCCACUGCAGAAAGCCCAUCUGGGCCGGAUUACUGCUAGCCUCUGGAACCACCUUAUUCUGCACCAGCUUUUACUACCAGGCUCUGAGUGGAGACCCCAGCAUCCAGACUGUGGCCCCUGUCGGAGGCAGCUUACUAUUCUUGGGCUGGCUUGCCUUGGCUCUUUGAGCUUCCUUUUGUUUAAUUACUGAGUUCUGGGUAAUUUUUUGAAAGGAUUAAAAGAGAAAGGCAAAUAAAGAA